AGAGUGUCAAUUUAUAAACGUUGUACUUGGUGGAGGUCCAGGACUAUUCAAUAACCAUGGGUCUCAGGUGCAGCAGCAGCAGCAACAAAGGAACCUGUCACUUCAUGAAUACCUGAGCAUGGGACUGUUGCAAGAGGCUGGUAUUUGUGUUCCACAUGGACUAGUUGCAAGAACACCAGAAGAAGCAUACACAAUUGCAAAAGAAAUAGGUUCAAAGGACCUUGUGGUAAAAGCACAGGUUUUAGCUGGUGGUAGAGGAAAAGGAACAUUUGAAGGUGGCCUCAAAGGAGGAGUGAAAAUAGUUUUUUCUCCUGAAGAAGCAAAAGAUAUCUCCUCCAAAAUGAUUGGGAAGAAGCUGUUUACCAAGCAGACAGGAGAAAAGGGCAGGAUAUGCAAUCAAGUAUUUAUCUGUGAGCGCAGAUAUCCCAGGAGAGAGUACUAUUUUGCAAUAACAAUGGAAAGGUCAUUUCAAGGUCCUGUGCUAAUAGGAAGUUCUCAGGGUGGUGUUAAUAUUGAAGAUGUUGCAGCGGAGAAUCCUGAUGCGAUAAUUAAGGAACCUGUUGAUAUUGUGGAAGGCAUCAAAAAGGAGCAAGCUGUUGGGCUGGCCCAGAAAAUGGGAUUCCCUCCUAACCUGGUGGAGGAAGCAGCAGAAAACAUGAUCAAGAUAUAUAAUCUCUUUCUGAAGUAUGAUGCCACCAUGAUAGAAAUAAACCCUAUGGUAGAAGAUGCUUCAGGAAUUGUGAUGUGUAUGGAUGCGAAGAUAAACUUUGAUAGUAAUUCAGCAUAUCGUCAGAAAAAAAUCUUUGAUCUCCAGGACUGGACGCAGGAGGAUGAAAGAGACAGAGAUGCAGCUAAAGCCGACCUCAACUACAUAGGAUUAGAUGGAAACAUAGGCUGCCUGGUAAAUGGUGCUGGUUUGGCUAUGGCCACAAUGGAUAUAAUUAAACUUCAUGGAGGGACUUCAGCAAAUUUCCUUGAUGUUGGUGGGGGUGCUACUGUGCAUCAAGUAACUGAGGCCUUUAAACUUAUUACUUCAGAUAAAAAGGUACUGGCUAUUCUGGUCAAUAUUUUUGGAGGCAUUAUGCGAUGUGAUGUUAUUGCACAAGGUAUCAUUAUGGCAGUAAAAGACUUGGACCUAAAAAUACCUAUCGUAGUACGAUUGCAAGGUACGCGAGUUGAUGAUGCCAAAGCUUUAAUAACAGCUAGUGGUCUUAAAAUCCUUGCCUGUGAUGACUUGGAUGAAGCUGCUAAAAUGGUUGUGAAACUCUCAGAAAUAGUAACCUUAGCAAAGCAAGCUCAGGUGGAUGUCAAGUUUCAGUUGCCAAUAUGAAAAGAAAGGUGUCAUGAAAGUGUUUAAUGUGCUAUUCUUUUGAAAUACUGUUGUUCUGUAGUAUUUUUGUUUUUGUGUGGAGGUUUUAAUUGCUUGACAGGCGCACAAACUUUAAAGUACCUGAUCCUACAUUCAGGUUAAAUGGUCAGCGCUCAUGUAAAAGUUUGUAUUGCUGAUAUUUAGUCUUUUUAGUUGCAGUUCCAACCUCUCCAGCUUCUGGUGCAGAAUAUCACUUGCAAUAUACUCAUUCAUUAUUGUCAACAAUGAAGCUUUUGGUUGAAAAUUGAUUCUUUUGAAUAACAUCUGAAGUUAUUUUUAAUUGUACAUUCAUAUUACUAGAUUCAGGAAAGAGAGAUGUAAUGAUUAGAUUCUUUAGCACUCAAAAUAUGGAGGAUGUAUUGAAACGGUAUCUUUAUAUUGAAGAUGCUUGUACUCAGCAGUAUAACAAAUGGACUCGAGCACACCAAUCAUUAUUUAUAAGCGAGGCAUUUGAACACUCCCAGGAACAUUCAAAAAGUGCUUUGUUGGAAUGGCGGGUUAAUUAACUUGACAAGACAACUUAAUCACUACAAAAUAUACUGUAGCACUUAAGUCUUUAUGAUCUCUGGUGCCUACUGAAUAGCAUCAGAUAGUUUUGUAAAUGAACAAAUAAAGUAUAUUUCCUUGAUGUUUGGCAGACAUAACAUACAGAGAAGAACUAGAAUGUCUAUUGUACGUUAAUAAAAUGUCUCCCAAGAGAUUAGUAUUGUUGUCUCUUGUGUGUCACUAGCUUAAUCAGUUUCUUGGUUAAGUGAGCUCCUAAAUUAAUUUACACCCCCUCAUGAGGUCAGCCAGCAGGCUUAUAUGUGUAUGCCCAAACCCAGACAGCCAGCAGGCGAAGAACUUUAAAUAAAUCUAUUAAAAAAAAAAAAAAAAAAAAUGGCCUUCAACUGCAACAUCUAAACCUAAUGAAACAAACUUUACAAGUUGGGGUUGGCAACCAACAGCUCCCAGUCUGGAUUCAGCUGCUGUAGAGGUUGGAUCCAGCCUGGGAAAGUCUGGGGCAGCAUGGAGAAUUGGGUAGCACGGAGUUGUGCUGAGCCACCUAUCUCCUCUGUAGCCCACCUUUUUUUGCUGUGCUCUUCCAGCCUGUACUUUCAUGUGCAGAGGAGUCUUGUAUCUGUAGCAAGAAUAUGUGCAGACACCUUGAACUCUCCAGGGGAAAAGAUUUACAGCCUGUGACAGGGAGCCAGGUCAUAAGCUCUGGCCCAGGAUAACAAAGUAUUACUCACCCCUGUGCUAGGUUAUUUACAUGAUGCUCUGUUGGCUCAUCGUACAUUCACUUUCUGUAAACUCUUUGAAAUAGCAGUGUUUGAGCAGGAGUCAGCUUAGAGCAAGGCCACCCACACCAGUGAAUAGAAUAUCCUGUUUGUGACUUGGUUGCUUUACCUUGCCACAUUUCACCAUCAUGGAGUAAUGCAAUAAAACUUGGGAAACCUUCUAUAUUUACCCUACGUCUGAUUCUGAAACCUGGUACUACAUACAAUUUUUAUACGAGCUGCCCUGGCCUUGAAUUUCACAAAAUACUGGCAAUAAAGGCAAGUUAAUGUAAUCCUUAGUUUUUUCCUUCUUAAUGUUUGCAUUGUUUGAAUAGCUUUUUAUUGAAGUACCACCAAGAUGCCUGUCAGGAUUGUGACAAUAACUGCCUUGCAUUAGGUCCUACUCAGACAUACU